AUGGUUCUCAUCGAACCUAUUCCAAGAGAUUUACCGGAAACCUCAGACCAGUCCCGAUUACGCGGCCGCCCAACCGAGCGACCCCAGGUGGCUGCAAAGGUGGGCUCAAAAGCCACCCGCCCUAUCAUCAUAAAUCUCUGCGAGGAUGAAGAGGCCUCUUUGCCUGCCAAGAGGUCGCGUCCGAAUCCUUUCCAACGUCAUACCCGGGUCAGCGACCAGGCUAUCAAACCUACUCGACAGCAGACAGACCCUGUUUCUCUUAGACCGAGACGACGGAUUCGAAGUCCGAGCGCCGCUAGCAGUAACCUAGAAGGUCAGUUGACGCCAUCCAGCUCGGAGGAUGUAUCGGACUCUGAUCUGGCCGUACGCAUUGCCCGUUCUGCAGAGGAAGUGCCUCACGCAUCACCGUCGCAAAUUCGUAGCGGAGGCAGUUUCAUGAACAGCAGAGAGGCUGUUCUGCUAGGGGAACGCUUAGAUCGACGGUUUCCAGUGCGAUUGCAGCUUCAUAAAGAUGAAGGAUGUCGUGCGGCUUUAUCAAACUUGGGCGCAGCGGGGGGUCAGUCUUCUAUAUCUGGGCCUACAGCACGCAAAGUGAACCACGGACAUAAGACACAUCGAGCAUCUUCUCAUCAAAAAGGCACCGAGAACAAUCCAAUUAAGCUGGAUUCCGAUGAUGAUGAUGAGGGAAUGACCGGCUCCGUUGAUCGAAACCACGCUCUGAGCGCGGCUGAAGCGGGUGAUCCCAUGGAUAUUGACGAAGAUGACGGCGACUUGACCUACAGUCGAGAUGUUCAAGCAACUGACCCAUCCAUAAGCGAUGCAUUACUGGCUCAGCAACUCCAUGACCAGGAGCGCCUUCAGCAUGUAGUGGUCAGGAGGCGUGACUGUAUCGUCUGUGGAGAUAGCAUUCUCAUCAAUGAGUUUCCUUCACUUGCUAAAUGUGAACACAUCCCACAGACAUGCGCUGUCUGCUACUCGACGUGGAUCGCAAGGCAACUUGAAGACAGUGGGUGGAAGGAAGCCAGAUGUCCGGAGAAUAAGUGCAAGACGAAACUGGAAUACUACGAGAUACAGCAAACAAUAACACCGGAGGUGUUUCAGCGAUUCGACGAUAUGAUGGCGCGUAAUGCUAUAGGCGAGGACCCCAACUUCGAAUGGUGUCGAAACUGCGGCUCUGGCCAGAUCCACAUGAGUGGCGUCGAAGGCAACAUCUUCACGUGUGCUGCAUGUGGCCACAAGAUGUGCAUUGUCCACAAGAAUACAUGGCAUGAGGGCGAAACAUGCGAAGAUUACGAGUAUCGCUCUUCAGGUCGCAAAGAGCGCGAUCAGAAGGCACAGGAAGCUGCCAGUCUCAAAGCCAUCGGCAGGAUGUCAAAGAAGUGCCCUGGUCCAAACUGCAUCUACAACAUCGAGAAGAAUGAUGGGUGUGACCAUAUGACUUGCUCCAGAUGUAGCUACGAGUUUUGCUGGGUCUGCCUGUGUGAUUACAACGAGGUGAGGACACGGGGGAAUUCGGCGCAUGCAAGGAACUGUAACUAUCAUGCCUGA